AUGUUCUUUGGAUUCUUUCGGAAUGUAGUUUAUUCUCACAGAAAUAUUUUUAAACGCCAAUUUCCUAGUUUUUUAAAUAAAUAUUAUUCAAAGGAUUUAACAAAAAAGGUUUUACCCUCAGAACCACUAAAUUCUAGGCCUAAAAAAAGGAAAGAUAUUAUAUCUCUUUCUCAAAAAGCAUUAAACCGCUUAUAUGAGAUUAUCGCAGGCACUGAUAAAGUUGUAUACUUGACACUGAGAGUCAAGGGCUGUAACGGAUAUGUGUAUGAAAUGAAUCUAGUUGAAGACUCAUAUUUGAAGGAAAUGGACGAAAAAAUAUACGAUAGCAACGGGAAACUUGUAUUGGGAAUCGAGAACAAAGCAGCCUUCUACCUUUUGGGAAGUUAUGUGGACUACUCUAAAGAUGACUUGUCGGAAGGUUUCACAUUCGACAACCCGAACGUGACGUCGAAAUGUGGUUGUGGAAUGAGUUUUCGAUUUUAG